CUUGUACGCCCGUUACUGACACUGACUGAGGCGCGCGCACGUGUACAACAGGAAUUAGCCACCCUACGCCCAGACUACAAACGUGUUCUCAAUCCAACUCCGUACAAAGUGUCUUUAUCUGAACAGUUGUACACAUUCACCUACGAUCUUUGGCUUCGUAUGACCCCUAUUGGUGAACUGACCUAG